UAUAUGUGUUUGCCCGUUUGUUUAUGGUUCCAUACUCGCAUAAUACACAUUAUAUGUUAAAUAUAUUCAUAUUCGAUCCUUGGUCCUCGGUUUCGUCGAGAUCUCAGAGGGCAUCUACCAAUCCCGUCCUCUGGUCUCGCUUGUUUUCACAGCAGCAAGCAUGCUUGAAAAGGAGUUCUUCACGGAAUAUGGAGAGGCCAGUCAAUAUAAAAUCCUAGAAGUUGUUGGCAGGGGAAGCUAUGGCGUUGUUGUGUCUGCAAUAGAUACACAUACUGGAGAGAAAGUAGCUAUUAAAAAAAUGACAAAUAUCUUUGAGCAUGUCUCUGAUGCAACGCGCAUUCUCAGGGAGAUCAAGCUUCUUCGGCUGCUACGACACCCAGAGAUUGUGGAAAUAAAGCAUAUAAUGCUUCCUCCCUGUAGAAGAGAAUUCAAAGAUAUUUAUGUUGUUUUUGAAUUGAUGGAGUCAGACCUUCACCAGGUGAUAAAGAUGAAUGAUGAUCUCACUCCUGCACAUCAUCAAUUUUUCUUGUACCAGCUACUUCGAGCUCUAAAAUAUAUGCAUACAGCACAUGUCUUUCAUCGAGAUAUAAAGCCAAAAAACAUUCUUGCUAAUGAGGACUGCAAACUAAAAAUUUGUGAUUUCGGGCUUGCUCGUGUGUCAUUUACUGAUACAGCUUCUGCAAUUUUUUGGACUGAUUAUGUGGCAACUCGAUGGUACCGUGCUCCCGAACUAUGUGGUUCAUUUUCUUCGGAGUACACCCCGGCCAUUGAUAUCUGGAGCAUUGGCUGUAUAUUUGCGGAAUUGCUGACUGGAAAACCCUUGUUUCCCGGGAAAAAUGUGGUGCAUCAAUUGGAUCUCAUAACUGACUUACUUGGCACUCCUCCUGCUGAAUCCAUUGCACGGAUUGGGAAUGAGAAGGCUAGAAGUUAUUUGAAUAGCAUGAGGAAAAAGUCUCCAAUUCCUCUCUCUAAAGUGUUUCCUAAUUCAGAUCCAGUGGCUCUGCGUCUACUGAAGCGUCUGCUUGCAUUUGACCCAAGGGCUCGUCCAUCUGCUGAGGAGGCUUUAGCUGAUCCCUAUUUUCAUGGUCUGGCAAAUGUGGAAAAUGAACCGUCAACACAACCCUUUUCGAAGCUUGAGUUCGAUUUUGAAAGGACGAUGCUAACAAGAGAGGAUGUAAGAGAGUUGAUAUACAGAGAGAUUUUGGAGUAUCAUCCACAAAUGCUGCAGGAGUACCUCCAAGGCACACAUCAGAUUAGCUUCAUGUAUCCUAGUGGAGUUGAUCAAUGUAAAGAACAGUUUGCCCUUCUUGAAGAACUUGAAGAACACAGUCAAAGUGAAAACAGCCCUCCACACCUUAGGAAGCAUGCCUCCUCCUUGCCCAGAGAGCGAGUCUGUACAGCAGACGAAGUUGAUGACUGCGGAACGCUUAGUGCAGGUUUUGUGUCUUGUGCAAGCAUACAUAGUCCUCCAAGGUCCCAAGGGACUCGGGAAUUGCCUUCUCCUUCUGCACAUGCUGUAGCUGUGCAGAGCAUCGCAAGCAAACCCAAGUGUCGCAACCUACUGAGGAGUGAUAGCAUUGGUGCUUCCAGUUCCAGGUGUGUCGUGUAGAUUGAAAUUAUAUGACACUGCGUGCUAUAAGCGAUGCACAGAGAAUAAUAAUUCAGCUUAUUAUUUGGAAUUUGGAAUUGGUUCCGGGCAAAACUUUGCCCUUCGAUGAUGGCGAUAAUUUGUAGUUGGUUUCGGGUAAAACCUUUGAUGAUGACGAUAAUUUGUAAUUUAUUUUAACUUAAGAAUUGAACCUUAAUUUGAUCAUUUGUUAGAUUACACUUUUUUCAUUUGUUUUUUUUUUCCCCUGUUGCUUCACAAGAUCAUUGUAUGCCGGAUAUGAAAUAUAAAAUUUUAAAGUGAGGCACCGAAGCUUCAGUGCUA